UUCAAAUUCUGGUCGUUGAUUCAAAUGCGUUGCACCGGCGAUUCACCAUCAGACCUGUCUAAAUCCUGUCUAAACCUGAGAAACAUCAAACUUGUUCUCAAUGUGUUUUCUAGUGAUUAGUUACAUUCGUCAGAAGUAGUUUCCCGAAUAAAGAUGACGUCGUGGGAAAAAGUGAUUUUGUCAUGGGCCGUCAUAUACAAAAGAUGAUCCAGAAGAUCCAUUUCAAAAAUUAUUAAAAUUUAUUCAGAGGUAUUACCCAGAUUUCUGGACACAAACACCUUCAAAUUUUCAAAACGAAGAUGUUUUAAUUUUGUACUCUGUGUUAGUACAUUUUUACAGUUUUACUGAUGAUUCUAUUAUACGAAGUAAGAUGUGCUCCCUCAGCAAUGCCUCCCAGGUACAAAUCAAGAAUUUUUUGGAAUGUCUUAUGAACAAAGAUGUUACCAAAGAUGCUAUCGUAAUGGCAAUAAAAUCAUGUUGUGAAACUGCCACUGCUAAAUCUCCAGUUGAAGUGUACCAAUCCACUCCAAAACAUUCUCGAAGAGGUAAAUCAAAAACACCUCUACAAGAUUUUUUGAAUUCACCAGCAGCUAAAGAGCAGAGGAGGUAUUCAGAGAUAAAAAAAUUAGAAGUUGAGCUUCAAACAGAGAGAGAUGCCCGUCUGUUUUUUGAAGAAAAAUUUGAAGAAAUGAAAAAGGAGAAAGAUAGAAUGGAAACCAAGAAGGAUGAAGAUAUUAAAAAGUUACAAGCAAAGUUAUGUGAAAGACAUGUUCAAAUUGAAGAUGAUUUUGUUAAACAAACAAACACAUACAGUACAGAUCAGCAUUUAAAAAUAAUUGAACUGAGAGAGGUUAUUGAAUGCUUAGAUGAGAAAUGUGCAAAUUUGACAGAUGAGAAUUGCAAACUGUCUGAAAAGGUCACAUCUCUAAAAAAUCAGCUAUCAGAUUGGAAAUUAAGAAGUGAAACUUUUGAAACAAAUUAUUUGGAUGCACAACAAAAAAUAGCUGCCCAGGUUAGAGAAUGUUUCUUAUUGGAGCAAGAACUAGCAGAAGCAAAGGCAAGGACUGUUGUGUCCAAUAAAGUUGACAAUGAUACCAGUGUUGAAUGGGAUUACACUGAUAUUAUUGAAGAUUUGUGUCCAAAUGAGAAUCUUGGAUCUACAGUAGUAGAUGUGUUACUUCAAGAAAAAUUGCAAAAAAUAUCUGAGCUGGAGGACAAAGUUGAGAGUUUGGAAAGUUUUCUAAGUCAGAAAGAAAUUGAACUUUCUGAGAGAGAAAAUAAUAUUGCGCUUCUUAGUGAUAAAGUACAAGAAUAUAAUGUAAAUAUUGACGAGAAACUGAAGGAAAUUGAGGUCCUAAAUAACAAAAUUGAUUUAAUGAAAAUAGAUCAUAAAGAACAAGAGACAAUAAUUAAUGAUUUACGAGGAGAAUUGUCGAAUGUACAAAAAAAAUUUGCUGACCAUAAAGAAAAUGUAGCAAAUAUCCUUCAAGAGAGUGAAUCAGAUAUCAUACUCAAAGAACAAAUUAUUAAGGAUCUGGAGAAUGGAAUUGAAGAAAAAUCAAAUAUUCUUGAUGAAACAAAAAAGUUGCUUCACGAACAACUCGAACAUGCGUCAUCGCUUGAAAAGCAGGUUGAAGAUUAUGUUCAAGUCCUUGGUGAGAAGGCCCAGGAAAUUUCAUCCCUUACUGACACAGUUCAAUUGAUAACUGCAGCAGAUUCUGAAAAACAAAAUGUCAUUGCAAGUCUGCAAGAACAAUUGGAUAGUUUGCAAAAUGCUUUUAAUGUACAGUCUCUGUCUCUCAGAGAAGAAUUGAAAGCAGAAAAAGAAAAAAUUAGAAUGGAAAAGGAAAAUAAUACUGCACUUCUAAAAGAAAUUGCAGACAGAAAUCUACAAAUUGAUGACCAAGCUAAAGAAAUAAAAUCCCUUUCUUCAAAUGUGAAUUUAAUGCAGCAAGAGAUCUCUGCAAAAAGGAAUGAAAUUCUCAGCUUGCAGGAAGAACUCUCUGCCAUUAAACAGAACCAUGACCAAUUGAGCCACUCAUUAAAACAAGAAAUUGAAGAAAAGGAAGUAAUUAUUUCUGAAACAGGAAAGGAAAUUUCAAAACUUCAAGAGUACAUUAAAUCUAAGGAGGAGAAAUUGUGUAGAACAGAAAAUGAAUUGUCCAAUGCUUCAGAUUUGUUACAUGAAAUGAAGAUGGAUAAUGGAGAGAAACAAAAAAAGAUUGAGUUACUCCAGGAUGAAGUGAGUACUCUUCAAGAGAAGUGUGAUUGUCUUACCAAUGAAAAUGUUUCUAAAGACACCAUGCUCCAAACAAUAGAAGAGCGUAAAUGUAAUCUUGAAAAAGAAUUGGAAAGCAGUAAAGCCUUGCUUGUGGAGAUGGAAGAGGAGGCUCGUAAACUACAAGAGUCAAUAAAAUGUCAGGAGGUUGAAAAUAUUGAGAAACAGAAAACUAUCAACACGCUACAAGCAGAUCUGGUUGCUGUUAGAGGUGAAUGUGAGUUACUAGAGAAAGCUGUGAAAGAGAGGGAUACUGAACUAUCUGUGUGCAAGACUUCGUUCGAAUUAGAAUGUUCAUCUUUGAAGGAUGAAGUCACAGCUAAAGAAGAAAGGCUCAUUGAAUUGAAGGAAAGAGUAUUGAUUUUAGAGGAAGAAAUAGAGAACAAGGAAGCAUUUCUUUUUGAGAAAGAUAGCGUGAUUGCUGAAAAAGAAAUGAUAAUCUGUGAGGAUAAUAAAGAAAUUCUUGAAUUAAAAGAACAGAUUGCUAAACAGAGCCAAAAACUGACUGAGAAAGUAAAAGAAAUUACCAAAUUAUCUGAGACGCUCUCUACUUUCGAACAAGAACUACAUGAGAAACAAAGUACAAUUUUUUCAUUUCAAAAUGAACUGGAUUCUCUACAGAAAUUAGCUCAAUUUGAACGGAAGUCUUUCAUGAAUGAAAAAGAAGAAAUGGAAGCCAGAGUUGCUGAUCUUGAGAAGAAAGUGGAUAAUUUAAACAAGAUUAAUUCAAAUAAAGAUGAUGUAAUUAAUAUUCUCAAAAAUGAUGUGGGUUCUCUUCAAGAGAAGUGCAAUUCUCUUAGCACAGAAAAUGAUGCAAAAGAGGCAGUGCUCCAAACAAUUGAAGAAAGUAAAUGUAAUCUUCAAGAAGAGUUAGAAAGUAAUAAGGUAUUGCUUGAAGAGAAUAAAGAAGCAGCUUGUAAACUAAGAGAAUCCAUGAGAUGUCAGGAGGCUGAGAAACAGAGAAUAAUUCAGAAUCUUCAGUCAGAACUGGCUGCUAUUACAGUGGAAUGUGAGUUACUAGAGAAAACAUGUAAAGCGAGGCAAGUUGAACUGGAUACUUGCAAGACUUCAUUUGAAUUGGAGUGUUUGUCUCUGAAGGGUGAAAUCAGAGCUAGAGAAGAAAGUCUCACUAAUGUGGAAGAAAAUGUAUCGAGUUUGAAAAAAGAAAUAGAUAACAACAAAACAUUACUUGUUGAGAAAGAUGGUGUCAUAACUGAAAAGGAAGCGAUCAUUGCUGAAGAUAAAAAAGAAAUUCUUGAAUUAAGAGUACAACUUUCUACUAAGAACCAAAUUCUUGAAGAGAAAGUUGAAGAACUGGACAAAAUGUCAGACACACUAUAUACUUUGGAACAAGAGCUACAAGAGAAAACAAGUACAAUUAUUUCUUUUCAAAAUGAAUUGGACACUCUUCAGAAAGCAGUUCGUUUAGAACAGGAAGCUUUCAGGAAAGAAAGAGAAGAGAAAGAAAAAAAAGUUGCUGAUCUUGAAAGAAAAGUGGAUAAUUUAAACAACAUUAAUUUAGACAAAGAGAAUGCAAUUAAAAUUCUCCAAGAUGAUGUGGGUUCUCUUAAUGAGAAAUGUAAUUCUCUUAGCCAAGAAAAUAAUGCAAAAGAUUCAUUGCUCCAAACAAUAGAAGAAAGUAAGAGUAAUCUUCUCAAAGAUUUGGAACAUAAUAAAGCAUUGCUUGAAGAGGAGAGAAAAGAAGCUUGUAAACUGCAAGAGUCCAUAAAAUAUGAGGAGGCAGGGAAUGCUGAGAAACAGAAAAUAAUUCAAAAUCUUCAAUCAGAACUGGCUGCUAUUGAAGUAGAAUGUAAGUUACUGGAAAAAACUGUCAAAGAGAGACAAAUUGAAUUGGAUACUUGCAAAACUUCAUUUGAAUCAGAGUGUUUAUCUCUGAAAGAUGAAGUUAAAUCUAAAGAAGAACAAGUAGUUGCAAUGAAAGAAAGGGUAUUAAUUUUGGAGAGAGAAGUGGAACACAAAAAAGAGUUACUUUUUGAGAAAGAUAAUGUUAUAGCUGAAAAAGAAGCAAUCAUUAGCGAAGACAAGCAAGAAAUGCAUGUUUUGAAAGAAAAAUUAGCCACCAAGAGCCAACAUCUUGAUGAGAAAGCUGAAGAAAACACCAGAUUAUCUGAGACUGUAUAUACUUUUGAACAACAGGUUAAUGAGAAACAAAAUAUAAUUUUGUCUUUGCAAAAGGAAUUAAAUGAUGUACAUAAUUUAUUAAAUUUAGAACGUGAGUCUUUUAGGAAAAAAAUAGAAGAGAAGGAAAUAGUACUUGUUGAUAUAAACAAUAAAGUAGAUUUACUCAACAAUAGCAAUUUUGAUAAACAGGACAUGAUUAAUGUUCUUCAGGAAGAAAUGGGUUCUCUUCAUGAAAAGUGUUGUUCUCUUAGUGAUAAAAAUGCUGAAAAAGAUAAGAUUCUUGAAAGAGUUCAAGAAUCGAUGUGUAUUCUUCAAAACAAUUUGGAGAGCAGUAAAGUUUUAAUGAAAGAGAAAGAAGAAGCAGCUUGCAAAUUACAUGAAAUUGUUAAGGCCAAGGAGGCUGACCUUCUUGAGAAACAGGAAAUACUUGAAUCUAUCCAAACGGAACUAGCUGCUGUUAAAGAGCAAUGCAAAUUACAUGAGAAAGUGUUGGAAGACAAGCACUCUGAGUUGAUCUCUUGUAAGAAUUUAUUUGAUGCCGAGUGCUGUUCUCUCAAGGAUGAAAUAAAUACUAGGGAAAAACUGCUUUGCGAUAUAAAGGAAAGUAUAUUGGUUUUGGAAAAGGAAGUACAACAAAAAGAUGCCCAACUUGUUGAGAAAGGCAGUGAGAUAGCUGGGAAGGACAUGGUGAUUGGCGAAAUAGAGAAUGAAAUUCGUGGGUUGAAGGGAGAAAUUGCCACAAAAGACUUCAAGUUGGAAGAGCAAGCAGAAGAAAUUACUAAACUCUCCAAAUCUGUACAUUAUUUUGAAACAGUCAUACAUGAAAAACAAACUACAAUUGAGUCUUUGCAAAAGGAAUUAGAAUUUCUUCAAAACUCCAUGCAUAUGGCACAAGAGACUUUUAAGAAAGAAAUCAAAGAGAAGAAUUCCAAACUUCAAGAUACUGAGAGUAACGUAUGUUUGCUGGAUAAGAAAAUAAGUUUGUUGGAUGAUGAGCUUUCCACAAAGGUAAUGGAAGUUUUAAAGCUUACAGAUACAGUUCGAAAGAUGUGUGAAGAUAAUUCAAAAAUACAGGAGAAUAUGAACAACUUGCAGGAGGAAAUUUCUGAAAAGAACACACAUAUUGCAUUACUCGAAGAGGAGAUACAAAAAAAUAAUAAGUACAUUGAUGACAAGCUAAAAGAAAUAAAAAAUCUAAAUAACAACAUUGACUUAAUGAGAAUGGAUCACAAAGAACAAGAGACAAUAAUUAGUGAUUUACGAGGAGAAUUGUCGAAUGUACAGAAAGAAUUUGCCGACACUAAAGAAAAUUUAGUGAAUAUCCUUCACAAGAAUGAAUCGGAUAUCAUUCUCAAAGAAGAAAUUAUUAAGGAUCUGAAGAAUGGAAUUGAAGAAAAAUCAAAUAUUCUUGAUAAAACGAAAAAGUUGCUUCACGAACAACUUGAACAUGCGUCAUCGCUUGAAAAGCAGGUUGAAGAUUAUGUUCAAGUCCUUGGUGAGAAGACCCAGGAAAUUUCUUCCCUUACUGCCACAGUUCAAUUGAUAACUGCAGCAGAUUCUGAAAAACAAAAUGUCAUUGCAAGUCUGCAAGAACAAUUAGAUAGUGUGCAAAAUGCUUUUAAUGUACAAUCUCUGUCUCUCAGAGAAGAAUUGGAAGCAGAAAAAGAAAAAAUUAGAAUGGAAAAGGAAAAUAAUACUGCACUUCUAAAAGAAAUUGCAGACAGAAAUCUACAAAUUGAUGACCAAGCUAAAGAAAUAAAAUCCCUUUCUUCAAAUGUGAAUUUAAUGCAUCAAGAGAUCUCUGCAAAAAGGAACGAAAUUCUCAGCUUGCAGGAAGAACUCUCUGCCAUUACACAGAACCAUGACCAAUUGAGCCAGUCAUUAAAACAAGAAAUUGAAGAAAAGGAAGUAAUUAUUUCUGAAACAGAAAAGGAAAUUUCAAAACUUCAAGAGUACAUUAAAUCUAAGGAGGAGAAAUUGUGUAGAACAGAAAAUGAAUUGUCCAAUGCUUCAGAUUUGUUACAUGAAAUGAAGAUGGAUAAUGGAGAGAAACAAAAAAAGAUUGAGUUACUCCAGGAUGAAGUGAGUACUCUUCAAGAGAAGUGUGAUUGUCUUACCAAUGAAAAUGUUUCUAAAGACACCAUGCUCCAAACAAUAGAAGAGUGUAAAUGUAAUCUUGAAAAAGAAUUGGAAAGCAGUAAAGCCUUGCUUGUGGAGAUGGAAGAAGAGGCUCGUAAACUACAAGAGUCAAUAAAAUGUCAGGAGGUUGAAAAUAUUGAGAAACAAAAAACUAUCAACACUCAACAUGCAGAACUGGUUGCUGUUAGAGGUGAAUGUGAGUUACUAGAGAAAUCUGUGAAAGAGAGGGAUACUGAACUAUCUAUGUGCAAGACUUCGUUCGAUUUAGAAUGUUCAUCUUUGAAGGAUGAAGUCACAGCUAGAGAAGAAAAGCUCAUUGAAUUGAAGGAAAGAGUAUUGAUUUUAGAGAAAGAAAUAGAGACCAAGAAAGCAUUACUUGUGGAGAAAGAUGAUAUGUUAGCUAAAAAGGAAACAAUAAUCUGCGAGGAUAAAAAAGAAAUUCUUGAAUUAAGGGGUGAAAUUGGAGCCAAGAGCCAGAAUCUUGCUGAGAAAAUAGAAGAAAUUAACAAAUUAUCUGAGACAAUCAAUACAUUUCAGAAAGAUAAUCUUCUUAAUCAAUCUAAGAUAUUGUCUUUGCAAAACGAAUUGGAAACUCUGCAGAAAUCAAUUAAUUUAGAACGUGAAUCUUUCAGAAAAGAAAUUGAGGAAAAAGAAGCACAACUUGUUGAUACUGAGAGUAAAGUGACAUUCCUUAAAGGAGAAAUAAUUUUGAAAGAUGAAGAACUUUCAUCAAAAGUGGCAGUAGUUUCCGGACUCACUGAUACUGUUCAAAGGAUUCGGGAUGAUAAUUCUGAGAUGCAGAGAAACAUUAAUUCCUUGCAGGAAAAAUUGAAUUCUGCCAAUAAAUCUUAUAAUGCCGAAUUGGAAUCUCUUCAGAAGCUAAUUGCAGAUAAAGAAAGUCUUCUUUGUCAGAAAUUGGAGAAAGAGUUAACACUUGAAAAAGAGAUUGCAAUGAAAGAGACUAUGCUUAUGGAAAAAGUUGAAGACAUAGCUAAACUGUCAAAAAAAAAUGAGUCAAUGCAUCAAGACAGUAUAGAAAAACAAGAUACCAUUUUGAAUCUUCUUGAAGAACAGAAAUUACUUCAAAGCACACUUACUCUUGAGAAUGAAGAUCUGAAAAAGAAUAUAGCUGAAAAAGAAGAGAGAUUAUGUGAGAAAGAGAGGGAAAUAGAAAAACAAGCAGAGAAUAUUGAUUUGUUGAAAAAGGAUUUGCACAACAGAAAAGAUGAAAUUAUUGCUCUCCUUAAAAAAGUUGCUGUUCUUGAUGAAGAGUUGACAGAAAAGAGAAUAAUGGUUAAUAAUCUCAGUGAAACAAAAUUAACUUCAGAACGUGUGAUUUGUGAAAACGAAAUUUUGAGGAAUGAAAAAGCGAUUCUAGAAACCAAGUUAAUUGAAACUGAGGAGUCAGUAAAGGAACUGAAUAACAAAAUACAAUCUCUGGAUGAAGAUUUAAAUCAAAAGCAGAAAGCAAUUGAUGAUCUUAUGAAGAUGCAGACUGAAGAAAAUGAUUCUAUUAAAAAAGAAUCCGAAGAGCAUCUCAAGGCUGCUGAAGUUCUGAAAGCCAAGUACACAGACUUGAAACUGAAAUUCUUUGAGAAGGCUAAAGAAUGUGGGAAUAUGAAGAGCAUUUAUGAAGAAAAAUUGGCAAGAUUGAAAGAACAAAUGCAAGCAGCUUACAACAAAGAAAAAGAAAAGAUUCUGGUGCAAAACAACUCUGCUACAAAUGAAUUGGAAAAAACUUUACAAAUGUACAAAGAAAAGUUUAUGCAACACCAUGGUGACAAUGUUGACUUGAGGACUCAAGUAUGGGAUCUGAGUGAAAAACUUUUGAGAGCCAAUGAUGAAAAGGCCAAAUUGCAGACAAGAUUGUCAUCACUCCUCAAUAACCAAGCAAAACAUAGUGCACUUGGAGAAGUCAGUAAAUUUGCUUUGGAGCAGCAUCCUGUCGAUAGGCGGCUCUCUCAAUAUAAACAGUCAUCUGAUCGAUCUCAGAUUGAUGUUAUGGAUGUUAUUGAUGAAUCAGUAACGUAUGUCAGGAGGAGGACCAGGAGCUGUAGAAAAUCAAUACCUCCAGGAAUAGGUCAGGCAUUUCCGCCGCAAGAUGAAGAAGGGGAAGAAUUUAAUGCAAAAUAUUUGGCAGACAUGAAAGCUGGCAGGUGUUUAGUUGAACAAGGCGAAAAAGGGCGAUUGACUGAAUAUCAGCAUAGGAAUUCCAUGGUUCUUCCUCACCUAAAAUCAUCAUAUCCUGUGACAGACUGCAAAGAACUACUUGAAGCCACAGAGGAUGAUGUUAAGUUUGGAACUGGAGGUGAUCUGGAUAAUUUUGACACUUUGAGUACAAGCUUGUUGUUACCUGACAGAAAGAAGAAUAAAGACAGAGGACAGGGGCUCGAACAAGGUGCAACCCCACAUUCUGUUCUUAGAGAACAAAAUGAUAAUUCAGUAAGUCGAAAAGGCACAACUCCAGGACGACUCAGAAUGCUGUUUGCUGGGAAAGGAACUCGUCGUGAUGAGAAUUCUCCCAUCACACCUCGUACAAGAGGACUAGGCUUCUUCCGGAAGACUGGGAAGUCUCGAAACCAACCUUUAUAAAGCUCUUGUGUAAAUAUUUCUUCAAUUGGUAGCUUCCUCUAGUCACAUUCAUUCCCUCUUAGAGAAAUUUUUUACACCCCUAAUAUUUUUUUACACCCUUUUCUUUGUGACUUGCAUUAGAAUAUUAAUUACUCGAUUUUUUAUAUCAUGUAUAUAAUGUUUUUAACGACAUUGAGUUUAUUUUUGACAAGCACACCAGUGGUUGAUGGUAAAACAUCAACUUUUAUUUACAUUUUACAGAAAGCUACUCUUUCCACUUAUGUAAAACCGUAUAAAUCAUUUGCAUUCCAUGAUGAUUUCAUUUGAUUCAUUCAUCUGUAAUAAACUUUCAUCAAUUUUGUAAUUAGAUAAUUUAUAGUUAAUUAUCAGCCAAAUAAACAAAAGAAAAAUUAAAACUUGUAUAAUAAUUACUACACCAAGUGGAUGCUGCCUGAAGUGCUUUUACCCACCAAUAACAAAUGUGUUCAUUCAAAAUAGGAGCCUUGUGAAAUUGAAAUUUGAAAAAAACAACUAUACUUCUAUAAUAUCAUGGACAAUUCCGGAAAUCCCAAAAGCUGGUGAAGCGACAAUAAGGGCCCGAUGUUGCUCUCUGAACGAGCUGUACAUUUAUUUUCAUGAAAUUCCAAGUGGUAUCACAGUUUCCACAGACCAAAAGAAAUUUUAUAUAGAAUAUGUAUUUUCCAGGUGUAUAUGUGAAAACUAAUUUUAUCUUUGGCCAAAUUUUUGUUAUUGGGUGCACUAUUCUUUAUUACUGUUAGAAGAAAACUUUAAUUUUAUUAAAAGAAUCUGUCAUUAAAAAGACUUUUGUUACAAAUAGAUAUCCCUACUUUACAUAUCACAAAGUAAAAUGUUUUAAUCUAAGAAAAAGGCCAAGCAAAAAAUUCAGUAUUUUUUGAGCAGUUUUCAAAAGUGCUUUUUUGGUUUAAACAAACAUAAUGAAACAUUAACAUUUUAAACAAACUGGAAGAGAGAUUAAGGCUUUGUGC